UUGGAGAGGUUAUGGUUUAAGAUUUGAAGAUCUUCAUUGCUCUCUGUUAUUUCUUCAGAAAUUUAAAAUCUGGAGCAUAAGUAUUGAUAAUUAGUGUUUGUUAUAAAGUUUUAUUCAAGAAGGUAUAGCAUGUCACUUGUCAGGAGAGGCCAGCAUUGGGCGACAUUCGCCCAAAUCUGGCACAUAUACGAUGCAAAAUGGCAAGACCCGUACAAAAGUGCUGUCCUGAUAGAGAAAUACCUCAAGGGUCUCUACAAACCAAUUUACCAUCCCUUAAAUCAAUGUGGAGAUCACGUAGUGGUGAUAAACAGUAAAGACAUCGCCUUACGAGGGGACGAUUGGACUAAAAGGGUUUACUUCCACCACAAUACCUACCACGGUGGUGCCACAUGGACCCUCGCCUGGGAGCUCCACCAGAAGAACAAAACAAUGAUCAUGGAGAAGGCUGUCUACUCUGCGAUGAGAGGCAAUCUACAGAGACGACACACAAUGCAGCGUUUGCACAUCUAUCCAGACGAUAAUGUUCCUGAGGAUAUCAUGCAGAACGUCAGCAGUCAAAUAAAACAGCUGAGACCUCAGCCUGUCAGACUCGAUCAUAUUUCACCGGAAGAGAUUGACAAUUUCCCCCGCCUCAUGAAAUACCCCUCAAAUUACAUUCUUCGAUAGAGAAACUAUAAAUUCACUGUAUUCUGCUUUUAUUUCUAUCUAUAAUAAAGAAUAGACUCGAGUUGA